AUGGCAUCGAACGUCCUUGAUAAGGUUAAAACUACCUAUGAAGGCGGAAGAGAACAAAUUACCAGAGCAGUUACUGAAGUUGCGCAAAAAAACAACAUAAAUUCUCCUUUACCAGGCGAUUUCGCUUCUGAAGUCACAAAAGCCACAAAUAUCUUGAAUAGCUUUACUGACCCAGAGAAAGUUGAAGGAGGUUUGGAUCAUGUAAUUCCGAGGGAAGUCUUUAAUAAAGCCCUUGGUUUAGCUAUCUUCACCGUUGUCAAAGCUGGUUUUGUAUGGUCCGGACGCGUCGGAUCGGGUUUGGUUGUUGCCAAACUUGAAGACGGAGGUUGGUCUUCUCCAUCUUGUAUUAAUAUCGGUGGAUUGGGUUUUGGUGCACAAUUCGGUGCUGACGUUACCGACUUUGUAAUCAUCCUCAACACCAAGGAAGCUGUCAAAGCAUUCUCCCAUGGUGAAAAUAUAACCUUGGGCG